UAAAGGGGCGGACACUAGGACCACGCGGAACGGGCGGACCGCUCAGAUCGCGCUGUCAGCUCGCGCACCCUGAGCCGUUGGUCCUCAGAUUAAACAGCAGGCGGAGAGGUUAACGUCUGUGUCCGUGGAGCUCCGUGACUCUCAUAUAUUCACUGACAACUACUCUUUCUUUUAUUUUCUCGUUACGUUAUGUGGUGAUAAUGAGUUGAAGAUGGCCAAACGACCGGGGACAGACGACGGGAUGUUGACUUCGCCGACGAUUCUCCGGGAUUUCGCAGCCGAUUUGAACGCCGGGGACGUGAACAUGGACUGCGGCGAAGGAUCCGUUGGCGUCUCCUUGGAAGAAAUCCUCAAACUGUACAGUCAGCCGAUAAACGAGGAGCAGGCAUGGGCGGUGUGUUAUCAGUGCUGUCGGACUUUAGCGCAGAAACAUCGGAGGAAAGGCUCCAAAUCUGCCGGUGCUUCUGCUGUCGACUAUCCGAGGAGGAUUGAGGGACCCGGGGAUGUGAUGAUAUGGAGAGACGGGACUGUCAAACUGCACUUUGAACGCAGCACAGAUGAAUACGGAUCAGCCCCCACGUCAUUAGAGGUUAUUGACUCUCUGGGCGUCAUGAUCUACAAAGCUCUGGACUAUGGUCUCAAAGAGAAUGAAGAGCGCGAACUCAGCCCCCCGCUUGAGCGCUUGAUCGACAUGAUGACCAACACGGAAGAAAGCGAGAGCGACCCCUGCCCUGACGAAGGCUACGAAGCCACAGAGGAGGAGGAUGAGUGCGAGGAAGAGGAGGAAGAGGAGCCUGUGUCCACUUCCACCACCGGCUCGGCCAGCAGCAUUCGCAGCUAUCGGGAUGUCAUUACGUUCUGUUCUUCCCACCUGCCCAGCCCAUCAGACGCCCCCAACCAUUACCAGGCUGUGUGUCGUGCUCUCUAUGCCGAGACCAGGGAACUAAACACCUUUCUGGAGAAGAUCAAGAGUGCCAAGGAGAACCUUCGGAAAAUGGAAGGUGAUACUCGGGAACCUGUUAAAGACCUCGAUGAGCUACAAAAUUCAGAUUGGGCACGGUUCUGGGUGCAGGUUAUGCGAGAUCUACGGGAUGGUGUUAAGUUGAAGAAGGUUCAGGAGCGUCAGUACAACCCACUGCCCAUUGAAUACCAGCUCACACCGUACGAAAUGCUCAUGGACGACAUCCGUUCUAAACGCUACAAGCUGCGAAAAGUCAUGGUGAAUGGAGAUAUCCCACCAAGGUUAAAGAAGAGCGCCCAUGAGAUCAUUCUUGAAUUCAUCAGGUCAAGACCGCCUCUCAACCCAGUCUCGGCUCGCAAACUGAAACCACACCCUCCGCGUCCACGCAGCCUCCACGAGAGACUGCUGGAGGACAUCAAAGCUGAAAGGAAGCUCAGGCCGGUCUCACCGGACAUGAUCCGCAGAAGCCGCUUGGGUGCAGGGAAAAGCAUCAGCACGCCUCAGGACUUGUUCCGCAGCUCAGAUACUCCUGAUGCACCCAGGAAGUUGGCGGUCAGCACCCAGUCUCUGGCCAGUGGCACAGCAGGACCCAAUCAAGGUGGAGUGCUGCCCCUUAGCCAGAGGAAGAGGCUACUCAGAGCACCCACGCUGGCUGAGCUGGACAGCUCUGAAUCUGAUGAGGAAGGCACACGGAGCAGCUCCAGUAGGUCCACGUCUUUGAUGGAGGAUACGUCACCUGAGGCGGCAAUAGGAAAAAAGGCUCCUCCAAAGUUCCUGCCAGUCUCUGCCACCCCACAGCCAGACAAGCGUCAGUCUUCACAGAGGCGGCACUCUAUCGAGAAGGAAGCCCCCACCAGUGUCCGCCCCUUUGCACCUCCAUCCAGACAGACCUCCAAAUCUUUGAUGAUGGCGGAUCCCAGCGCCAAGGUUGAAGCUGCCAGUGGUGCUCAGGGCACGGAGGAGUUCUGUUACCCAGUCGAGUGUCUGGCUCUGACCGUGGAGGAGGUGAUGCACAUCAGACAGGUUCUGGUCAAAGCAGAGCUGGAGAAGUUUCAACAGUACAAAGACAUUUACACCGCCCUCAAGAAAGGAAAGCUUUGUUUUUCAUGUCGGACAAAGAGGUUCUCUCUCUUUACCUGGUCCUACACCUGCCAGUUCUGCAAAAGGCCUGUGUGUUCCCAGUGCUCUAAAAAGAUGCGGCUGCCAUCAAAGCCCUACUCCACGUUACCCAUCUAUUCUUUGGGCCCUGGCGCCACGGCUAAAGAAGAGGCAAGUGAAGCGUCUGUCCCUGCUGAUCCAGAAAAGAACCCAUUCGGGUCCGGACAUAGUCGACACAGCCUACGCAGAAGUGUUUACAAGUUGUCUAAGCACGGCAGUAGCGGCAGCAAAGACGGCCGGUCACAGGACAUGCCGGAGCUGCCCAAGGAGCUCACGGAAGACUGGGUUACCAUGGAGAUCUGCGUCGACUGCAAAAAAUUCAUCACGGAGAUCAUCUCCUCCAGCAAACGCAGCAUGUGCGUGGCCACUAAACGCGCCCGCCUCAAUCGCAAAACCCAAUCCUUCUACAUGUCGUCGUCUAACUCUGUCAACUUCAGGCCCUCUGAACGCACCAUCAAUGAGGUGUAGGCAGCCGGGUUGCCUUGCGCGCUUUUGUUCACGCCUCUCCCAGAGCUUAGUCGUUUAAUGAAGAGAAAAAAAAAAUCCCCUCUUAGUUUAGUCUUGACACAGACUGGUUCACUGUGACAAUGAAGCCAGUCCAUGUCACCCCAAAGUUAGAGGUUCUUAUACCUUACCCUGUCUCAGGAAAUGUUGGCACGCUAUGAUUGGUCAUGACAGGUCAGGGCUUGAGAGUAGCUGCCAGUUAACAAAGGAGAGCCAUGUUUCUAUAAGAGAUAAUUCAGGAAACGGUGGGUAUGACGGAUAAAUUGAGCUGCUGAUGUUGCUGAUGUGAACCAAGUAAAGAGAAUGUAUCACAGACAUAAGAGCGGGAUCACAUGACACAGAAAGCCAAAAGUUGAUGAUGAUCAAGUGCAAGUACGAAGGCCCAUCCCUAAUCUUAGCUACAAAUAAGUUUUCCAGUUCCUGUUUACUUCUAGCACUCAGGAAAAACAACAGAUUGUCUUUUGACAGAAAUGCACUGUAGAUCCUGCUGUCAGGUCUGAUGGGGUGGACCUCUGCCCCUCCCCUGUCCCCCCUCUCUUAUUCUUCCAGCAACAAUUAUGCCAAAUGUUACAUCAUUCAUGUUUUUUUAUUUUCAUUUUUUUUUAGCCAGUUUAAAUGCAUCUUUCCUGUUCUCAUGUUGUAGGGACGACACAUCGAGUGAGAAUAGUCACGUUAUUUUGUCUGGGUGGGUUUUAGCUUUUAGUUUAUAUAUAUAUAUUCAAUUCUGUGCCUGGUGCCAAAAUGUAAUUUCUUUCUUUGAAUGCCUUUGUAGUCACGGACCUACUGUACAUAUGUGUGAUAAACUCAACGGGAGACGUUUUAGGGUAAUCUAAGGUUUAGUUUGCUUGCCCUUCCAUGUUCGAAGCUGGGCAACAGAAGCACAGAAAGGUUGGGUUAUGAAUGUGUACAUGCUGUAUAUCUUAAUUGUUCCAAAUUUAAUAUAAAAAAAAAACUUAACUGCUACUAGAAGUAUAAUUUUACCAUAUUUUAAGAUUUCUGCCUCUGGAGUUUCUUUAUUUGAAAUUCUUUUCUGAAACCUUUAUUAUUGUUAGUGUUAUUAUGUUUGUCAGCGUAGUAAGAUUUAAUUUCUAUUGUAUAGUUUAUAAACUCCUCAGUGUUAAGAUACUCCUCUAAAUCGCAAAUCGCACUUUUAUUGGACCAAUUUAUUGUUUAUGAUGUUUUUUUUUGUCUUAAUAAUAAUUAUUAAAGUCUUGGGGAGGGUUCAUAGUGCCAUUUCCCAGGGUUCCUCAUGAAUGAAAGUUUGUGUGAAUGGCUGCAGGUUGUUUGUAAGGACGGAAUAAUGGCUAAAAGAGAAAGAAAACACUCCAUUGAUUUGAAUGUAGGCAUUUAUAAGUGUAGAGCUGUCAUUGAAUAUGCUUUAUGAACAUUUAUUCCCUUUGAAAACACACACACAGGUUCAUAUAGCGUGUUUUGUGGCAGUUGUUACCAAAUGAACACGAAGCCUAACCAGCCUGUUUCAAUACCGAUGCCAUGUUCCAGUGAAACGUACAUCUGACCAGUUUUAUUUAGACCUCUGUAAGGAAUGUAUGCAUGCUGUACUGUGAUCUGUUCUGUUUUUAUCAAAGAAAUGAUAAUAAAAUCAUCCUGAUUCUUAA